AUGUUGUUCAGCCCUACAGUUACCUUGGUUGGUGCGCUGUCUGUGGCCUUCCUGGUCGUACGCUACUUCGCACAGCUACACCGCCACCGUAAACAAUCCAAAGCCCUACACUGCAAGCCUGCACGUUCUGGCUCCUCGGCAUUCUUCGGUAUUCCAGGUUUUCUUCGGUUGACCAAGGCUGUCCGCGAAAAGCGCUGGAUCGAACAUCUCUACAACGAAUAUGCUGUCUAUGGAAAUACCUACCGCCAGACAUUCCUCACUCGCAAUCUAAUAACCACUAUCGAGCCUGAAAAUAUCAAGGCAAUUCUCGCUACCCAAUUCAAGGAUUUUUCUCUUGGAACAAGACACCAGCAAUUCGACCCACUCCUGGGCGAUGGCAUUUUCACUCUCGAUGGUGCGGGGUGGUCUCAUGCCCGCGGAUUAUUGCGUCCGCAGUUCACCAGGGACCAGGUCGCCGAUCUUUCCAUGUUGGAUGACCACAUCUCCAACUUGAUUGACCUAAUCCCCAAGGACAGGAGCAGUUUCGACAUCCAGCGUUUGUUUUUCCUGCUGACUCUGGACUCGGCAACGCAUUUCCUAUUCGGGGAAUCGGUCGAGUGCAUGCUUCCCCCUUCGGGGAAGACAGGCGUCUUGGAAAAAUGCGCCGUCGGUAGCGCACAGGGUUUCGCCAACGCCUUCGGAACCGCUCAGGAUUAUCUCGCCGCACGGAGUCGCGCCCAAGGUCUGUAUUGGGUUGUCAAUCCUAAGGAAUUCCGCGAGGCAAGCCGACAGGUGCACGAAGUCGUCGAUCAUUAUGUCAAUCUCGCCCUCGAGUCGAAACGUAACCCCGAAGAGAAGAACGAUGCUCGGUAUAUCUUCCUCGAAGCACUGGCGGCCGACACCGACGAUCCCAAAAUGCUACGCGACAACAUGCUCAAUAUUCUAUUGGCUGGUCGCGAUACCACAGCUAGUCUGCUGAGCUCGACGUUCUUCUACCUUUCCCGUCACCCUAAUGUGUGGAACCGGCUGCGCCGCGAGAUCGUGGAGGUGUUCGGAGAUGCGAAGAAUCCCCGGUCGGAAAUGACUCAGACCAAGCUGAAGGAUAUUCCCUAUCUGCGAUACGUCUUGAACGAAGUCCUUCGUCUCCAGCCUCCCGUGCCUGUCAACUUCCGCGUCUCGACAAAAGACACCUCCCUACCGGUCGGCGGUGGCGCGGACUGCCAAUCCCCGGUCUAUAUCAAGAAGGGCACGAUGGUUGCCUACAGCGUCUACGCUAUGCACCGUCGGACGGACCUGUGGGGCAAGGACGCGACUUCCUUCCGGCCCGAGCGCUGGGAGGAAAAUGCGAAGCAUGGCUGGGAAUACCUUCCUUUCAAUGGCGGGCCGCGCAUCUGUCUUGGCCAACAAUACGCUCUCACUGAGGCAAGCUACACCGUUGUUCGUCUAAUGCAGCAUUUCGAUACCCUCGAAAACGCGGACCCCCAUCCCCGACAGGAGCCUAUUAAACUGUCGAAUCUAACAAUGUCGCAUGAUCUUGGCGUGCCUAUUCGUUUGUACUCUUCGGAUAAGAUUUAG